AAGCACGUAACUCUAAAAAAAAAAACAAAAAAAAAAUAUCAAUUCAUCCUCUUGAAACCUAAAUUAAAUUCGAUUUGAGACGGAAAAGCUCAACGAGUCGCCGGCGGCGGAGUAAAAAAAAACAGUCGGAGCUAUGGCGAUGCAAACCGGAAUCGGCUUAUCAAGGAUCUUUCUCUUAGCAGGAGCAGGUUAUACUGGUACGAUCAUGAUGAAGAACGGCAAAUUAUCUGAUAUAUUGGGUGAAUUGCAGUCACUGGUGAAGGGUAUGGAGAGAUCGGGAGAAGAGGGAGAUUCUGAUGUCUCCGAUGCUAUAGCUGCUCAGGUUCGUCGGUUGGCUAUGGAGGUUCGACAGCUAGCUUCAGCAAGGCAGAUAACCGUCAUGAAUGGUGUUUCUGGUGCAAACUUGCAAGCUCUUGCUGUUCCUGCUGCGGCGUUGGGAGCUUUAGGAUAUGGUUAUAUGUGGUGGAAGGGACUCUCUUUCACUGACCUUAUGUAUGUGACUAAAGCCAACAUGGCUACUGCUGUGGCUAACUUGACUAAGAAUCUGGAGCAAGUUUCUGCCACCCUUGCGGCUGCAAAAAGGCAUUUAACGCAAAAGAUUCAGAAUAUGGAUGAUAAGGUAGAGCAGCAGAUUGAUCUCUCCAAGGAAAUCAAGAACCAGGUCACCUUGGCUCGUGGGGAUAUCAACUCGCUUGAGAGUGAGUUGCAGUCAUUGAAUGAUUUGAUUAGUGGUCUGGAUGGGAAGUUGGACACGCUGGAAUACAAGCAGGAUGUUACAAAUGUUUGCAUGCUACACUUGUAUAACUAUUUUGGGGGCAAGAGCACAAAACUACCUGACAUGGAGCAACUUCAACUUCCUGUAAACCAGAAAGCUCGUAAUUUACUUGGAGAUGUUGGAACCAAGGGGCUGAAAAACUUUGCUGAACAACUGCUUAUAAGCAAUGACGCAGAGGGAGGAGCAACCACGGUGAGAAGAAUUGGUAUAGCCAAGGCCAAUGACAAGUCUAGGCCAGUGUUAUCAAGGGUUACUUCAGCUGGGUGUUGAUGUGGAAGUUUCCUGAUUGUGGUUAGCUUGCGGGAUGUAUAUAACAACAAAACUCUUAUACAAAAUUGUCUCGUGAGCUCACGGUAGAAAAGGCUCUCUUAUAUUUAUAUUCGUUGGCUUGGUUUGUCUCUCCUCCCCUCUAAACUAUGUCUGGUUUGUACUUUGGGAGUAUUUACUCGAACUUGGAGUUUGUUUAUUGACAUGGGCAUGUGUUGUGUCCGCUUUUUUGGACCUUUGAAGCAAAUAAAAUAAAGUUGAUGUGGAGGAUUA